GAAUACAACAAAAAACCUGAAAUAGUAAACUUUGCCUUAAGCUUAUAAAAUAAAGCUAUUAAAACGCAACGCUACAAUUUAACGACCAUCUAGCAAGUACUUACUACCAAAAAAAAAAAAAUACAUUGCGUAAUCUAAAUUACAACAAUUUUUCAGUCAGCAAAAUGACAACAUGGUUCCAACCGGUUAAAAAACAAAUGAGUAGACGAUAAACAAACAAACAAACAAAAGGACAAUAUAUGUGUUGUGAUGUAUUGGAUAUGUGUUACAUUUGCCGUGCAGGUGGCUAAGUGGUAGCACAUCUGGUGUUCAAAAUGUUGAGAUCCUCGUACAUUUAUUUAGCAGAAGGUCGGGUGAUGGGUCGACGUUUCUUUUUAACGCUGGUGAUUGGGAUGUCUGCCGGAUUUAGUUUUGCAUACAUACUGUUAACAUCGAAUGGAUUCCACCGACAAAUUGCUUUUCAUAAUUACAGGGAAUCAAUAAGAGAUCUAGACAAGCAUCCAAUAACGUCUAUAAGCGACCACGGCGUUGACGAGCCAGCACAUAAAGAUGAAGACAGAUCCAUAGCCGAUGAGCUGGCUAAACGCGUGAGGGUGCUAUGCUGGGUCAUGACGCAGCCGAAGAACCAUGAGGCUAAGGCGAAACAUGUGAAGGCCACGUGGGGAAAGAGAUGCAAUAAACUGCUGUUCAUGAGCAGUGGUGAUGAUGAGUCAUUACCAGCAAUAAGGCUACCAGUGGAUGAAGGAAGAGACUUUCUAUGGGCUAAAACGAAGGCAGCUUUCCGAUACGUUUAUGAGCACCAUAGGAGAGAAGCCGACUGGUUCCUUAAGGCUGAUGAUGAUACAUACGUGGUCGUGGAAAACUUAAGAUACAUGCUGGCUGACUACGAUAGCAGAGACCCCAUCUACUUCGGGUGUAGAUUCAAGCACUUUUCACCACAGGGCUACAUGAGCGGCGGCGCGGGCUACGUGCUAAGCAGGGAAGCUUUGGACCGGUUCGUGAACAAAGCGCUGCCGACACCACAACUGUGUAACGCUGGGGACCGUGGCGCUGAGGAUGCUGAGAUGGGUAAAUGUCUGGACAAAAUCGGCGUCCGCGCAAUGGACUCCCGCGACGAGUUGCACCGAGGCCGUUUCUUCCCGUUUGUACCGCAAGACCAUCUGUUCCCGAAUAGGGACAAAGACUUUUGGUACUGGAACUACAUCUUUUAUCCUACUGAUGAGGGUCUAGACUGCUGUUCAGACCACGCGGUUUCCUUCCACUACGUUGGGCCCGAACUAAUGUAUGUGCUCGACUACCUCAUAUAUCAUUUGCGUCCUUACGGCAUUAAGUACGGGAGCGGCAUUAUGCCCAAACUGCUGAGGGGUAACGAUACUAAGGAUAUUGAAAACCGUUAGGUUUUGUAACACUGGAUAUAAUAUAAAGAAAGAAAAAUAUCAUAAAGUUUUAGGAAAAAAAAAACAGAAAAAUGGCGGAAAUGUUGAUAAACAGUUUGAAAUACGUGGUAUUUCAUUGAAUUUAACUGCCAUUGUCAUUUUAUUUAUUAAAACAAAAACACGUUAGACCAAAGUUCACUGACAAAAUAAAAGUCCGUUUUUUUCUAAAAACAAUUGUUUAUUUUGAAAAUAGAAAAAGAAAAAUAUUUAAACAGUUGUUUUAUAAAAACAAAAGUUUAUGUUGUUGGUGAACUUGAACCUAAAUAGGCCAUUUUAGUGUCAAUUUGAAAUCGUCAUAUCAAAAAAUAUCACGGUGCCAUAUUAUUUAUUUGAAAUUUCUUUACUUUUAGACUUCCUAAGUCUUUUGUAUUCAGUGUUACCAAAAAACUAUUUGUUUUCAAAAAUACAAAACAUUCCGAAAUGACUGCUUUGGACUCGUGUCUGAAGAAAAAAAUCUAUACUUGUAGAUAAAUGUGUAUAUGUAUAUUUGGGAUUUUAUAUUGUAAAGAAUAUUAGUAAUUAGUAAAUUAAUAUAAACAUUACCUAAACUAAGUAAACAAAACGGCAUAAUAUUUGUAAAUGUACAGUAGCGUGCAAAACCCAUAUCUUACGUAACAUAUUUUUAACCGACUUCGAAAAAGGAAGUUUUCUGUUUUUAUACGUGACUAUUCGCUGGGUGCAAAGUUGGCCUGCCGGGGCUGCGGGAUUAUUCGCGCGAGUUACCGCGGUCCUGGUACAUAAAGGGCUUAAGAAGAAACAUGAUGGGUUUUAGUCAGUAAGAGUCUGACACUCCCUCACGCUCCACCCACAGUGGGAGGGGUCAUUUGAUAAUUUCCCAUCACAAGGGCGUAAUAAGUAUGAGGUGGGAGAACCAUGAAUUGAAAUGUUCAUAGCAGGUAUAUUCGGAAAAAGGCAAACGAACCACCAUACUUAGAUAAAGAACAACUUCUUUAUCAUUUCUAUUAUAUCUUGGGAAAUGCGCAAUUUAGCGCAAUGAUUGCGCACCCAGCGAAUACUACACUAGUUAGUCUAUAUGGCCUUCGAAUAGAUAAUUAAUAAAAAAAAACUUAGAUUCCUUCGAUAAUAGUUUUUGCCCUGCUUGGCAGUCGGGUAAAAACUUAUUAAUUAAUUCUUGCCUUUUCAAAAAAGUUGUUCUAGUCUAAUUUUUAAAUUCUGUCCUAUUACUUUAAUAGAUUGAAAUAUUGGUAUCUGUAUAAAAAAAGUCUUGAUGUCACUUUUACAACACAAAAAAAAUUAAAUCUUCAAGUUUUCUUUAAAAAGAAACUGAAUUUCAUGUAACAUAGUGUUACCAUCAUAUACAGAGUGUGUCGUACCUAAUCACAUUAAAUCCUAUCACAUAUACUUUAUGAUAUUCUAUGGCGAAUUGUAAAAAAAAUAACCUAAUCCAUUCAGUGGUUUAGCCACAGGAGUCAUUUUUCGUUUUUAUAAUUUACAACAUCAUGUGUAAAGCAGAGAUAAAGUUAGGAGUAUCGAAUGUUUUGAUCAAUUGACAGCUGUCAGUUUUCAAGGGAGAAUUUCAGUUGUUUGUAAUGACUGACAUGUAUAUGGUGUUCUAAUUUUCGCACAUAUUUAUUCUAUUUACUUUGUUCGAAAAAUUCAUUUUUUUAUUUCUGUGUAUUUUUAUUUUUCCUUUGUGUUAAUCGACAUAUAUUAACCAGUAUAUUAACGCAUUUCAUUUAAUGUGAUUAUGAACGACACACCCGAUAUAAUUCGUAAUGUUACAAUCACUAAAAAUAUAGAUAAUCUUUAUUACUAGAAACAAAUAUAAAUUGGUUAACUACAAAGUUAUAUUGCCAUAAUAUUUUAAUAUUAAGUAAAUGUCAUAAUAAUUAUGGUUACCUUUUUUACAUCAGGGUUUUUGGCAUUUAAAAACGAAUUUCAUCUUAUUUAAUUUGAAUAAUUAAUUUAUUUUUUAAAGUUAAAGUAAUAAAAAAUAUUUAAGAAAGCCGAUGUGAAUAUUAAAUUCAUACAUUCGAAUAUUUAUAAAUCCAAUACCUUAUGUAAGAGCAUUUGAGAUUUCUCUUAAAAAAUCGAUAUAUUAAAACUUUUGAAAAAAUAAUUUAUAAUUAUUCUUUCAAAGAUUUAUUUUAACUUUACGUUCAGAAUUUUUAACGCUCAUACAUAGUGGUUGGUGAUUUGGAAUAAAAACGUAAGUCAUAAAAUUGUUCCUUAUCGAUAAUUUAUUUAAGUUAAAAUGUGAAUUAAUCUAGAUGCCUCAGCCAAAGUAGUGUAACUAUAUAUCUAUAAAAAAUAUAUAUUAUUAAUAAGACGGCUAGUCUCGCGAUACGAGGUAUGUUUUCAUACGAUUAUUUAUUUUCAAUAAUAUAUUAGCACUUUAUUUAUUGUAGAUACGAUAAUGGAUAAAAUUAGGUAGGUCCUUUUAUACUAGAAACGCAGAUUAGUUUAAACUUUUGACGAUAUCACAUAAAAGCCUUAACGUUUAAUAGUAAAAUCAAUAUAUUAUAAUAUCAUGUAUUAGAUUUGAAAUAUACGUAGACAAUUUUUGGCAUCCAUCAUAAAAUCUAGUUAGUUUAGAAGACCAAUAAGACUCAUUUGCACCAUUAACGAUAACCCACCCAUUCAAAUCGGCGAUUUGACAACUAUAAAUGGUUCGGUUAUCAUUAUAGUUAAAUGGUGCAAUUCACCGUUAGAAUAUAAUCUGGUUGAUUUUUACCCAGAAGUCAGGAAAUAACACAUUUUACAGUUACCGAUACAGUAGAAUGUUUUAAUGGAGGCCUAAGAAUUUUUGUAUGAAACAUACCUGUAUCCUUUACCAAAGAAUCUUAAUAGAUUUAGAAGUAAAAAAAACGUAGGUUCACUGGAAAUGCACAGCUGUAGUGUUUUUAUCACCUAGUUACCAUUUCUUAGUUUCACUGAGUUUAUAAGAGCCUUUUUAAGAAAUAAUUCUUUUAGUGAGAUGUAAAUAUUUAUUUUUUUCUAAUAAUUUUUUUUUUUGAAAUAGCUAUUAUUAUUGUCUACUCCGUGAUUUGUGUAAAACAUUUUGAUUUUAAUUUUGUUGUCCCACUGACCUCUAUAUUUACCACUGGACAGGCUGUUGUCAACGUGCUUUUGAGCCCGUUUGAUAAUCGCCAUUUUGGCGCUGUUAGACGUAGCGAGUGUCCGUGGUACUAAAAUUAUUUUACAGUGAACCAAUGAACAAACACGUCUCUCAUAGCCAUUUGAAAUUAUACGUCAAAAUUAGUUAUGUGGACACUCGCUUAGACGAUAUUGGCGCUUCAAAUGGGCACAAAAAAAUUGCUGUCAAACAUACGGAACAGCCGGUCCAGUGGUAAAUAUAGAGGUCAGUGUGUUGUCCUCAUUCCGAAUUGACCCAGGCAUGCCAAAAAUAUACAAAAAUGGACUGUUUGACUUCGGAGCGCUUUCCAUAUGGUUUUGCCCGCGGUUUAUCUACUAAUUAUACCCUAGAAAUAAAUACAUAAUCCGUGAACUUUUACUAGUUCAUUGAACUUUGUUAUGGUAGGUAUUCUUGUAAUGUUAUUUUUGGCAUAACUAGGUUUAUUUACUUAUCCUAUUAAUUUAUUAUUUCAAAAAUAAAACUACCGGUUUUUAUUUGUCUUAAUUUUAAGCUAAGAACAUCGAUAACUGAAUAGGGGUGUUACCAUGUUGACAUAUAAAAUGUCAUUAAUAUUUAUUUAAAAAAAAUUGUAGUAGGUAAAAAUUGCACUUUUAUAUAAGAAAAAAUAACCCAGUGAUUGGAUAAUUUUAUUAUAGGAAAAUAUAAUUUGGCUGUAAUUUAAUCUCGAAUAUUGAUAUUAUUUUUUAGGCAGAAUAUUCUUAUUUAUAUAAACUAAAUUGUAUUUACAUAUUAUAUUAAUUAAAUUAAAUAUUAAAAUUGUAAAGAUUCUAAAUUGAAUCACAGAUAUAGUUUUGUUUUUCAAAUUAUUUGCUCAAUGUGUUUAUAAUUUAUUUCUCGAAUAAAGACAGCGUGACAUGAGAAUUAGA